CUGUGAGGAGGCGGAAGUGGAAGUGACGCCACUUGCGGAAGCGGAGUUGCCGGGGAGCACGUUGCCCAGAGACCAGAGAGCGACCCCUGACCCCCCCAACCCCGGCUCGGCCAUGGCUGUCCGCGCCUCCUUCGAGAACAACAAUGAGAUCGGCUGUUUCGCUAAACUCACCAACACGUACUGCCUGGUGGCCAUCGGCGGCUCCGAGAACUUCUAUGGUGUCUUUGAAGGGGAGUUAUCGGAGACUAUUCCCGUGGUCCACGCUUCCAUUGCAGGAUGCAGAAUCAUUGGAAGAAUGUGUGUUGGUAACCGACAUGGCUUAAUGGUCCCUAAUAAUACGACAGAUCAGGAGUUGCAGCAUAUCCGCAAUUGCCUUCCAGACUCCGUGGCUAUCCAGAGAGUCGAGGAACGUCUUUCUGCACUCGGAAAUGUAAUCGCCUGCAAUGACUAUGUGGCCCUGGUGCACCCAGACCUCGACAGAGAGACAGAGGAGAUCUUGGCUGAUGUGCUGAAGGUGGAGGUUUUCCGACAGACUGUUGCAGAGCAGGUUCUAGUGGGCAGUUACUGUGCCUUCAGUAACCAAGGAGGCUUGGUCCAUCCAAAGACAUCCAUUGAAGACCAGGAUGAGCUCUCAUCUCUACUUCAGGUUCCUCUGGUGGCUGGCACGGUGAAUCGUGGUAGUGAGGUGAUUGCCGGCGGGAUGGUGGUGAAUGAUUGGUGUGCUUUCUGUGGGCUUGACACCACCAGCACAGAGUUGUCGGUUAUUGAGAGUGUUUUUAGAUUAAAUGAGGCUCAGCCCAGUGCAAUUGCAACGAGUAUGAGAGACUCACUCAUUGAAAGUUUAACAUAAAGAUUCAGGCGUGGACUGCGUUCUUUUGGAGAAUAUCUUGCUCUUCUAUAUCUACAGAACAGACGAGAGAGAGAGAGAGUCCACAUUCUGCUCAGAACUGAUGGACAAUUCUUACUGUAAUGCACCCAUGUUACUCAUAAUCAAUUUCCAAUCACCCCACAUCCCCAACCCCAGAAUCUUCAUUGUACAAAAUUAAAUAAUCCAGGAGAAAAGUCUGAAUGUGAAAGAAACUCCACGAGGAAAUUGUCUCAAUGUGUUAAUUAAACAAAUCAGACUCCUAAUCAAUAAAUAAAUCCUUGCUUUUUAA